AUGCACAAAACCUUGAGAGCUAAGUGUAUAUUAAUUGGAAGUGAAGCGUCUGGGAAAACGUCUAUUACUCAGUCAUUUUGCAGUGAUGGCAGAGACUUUACAAAAAAUUAUUGCAUGUCAGCGACUGUUGAAUUGACAGUGAAGACAAUGAUAAUACCGGAAGCAAAUGAUAACAUCGAGCUAUUCCUGUACUGUUUCCCAGGAAAAGAAGUGUUUCAUGAUUUUACGAAGCAUUAUCUUGAUGUCGUUAACCUUGUGGUUGUUGUUUUUGAUGUAACCGAUGCUGAAAGCUUCUCUACUGCAAAGUUGAGGGUAUCGGAAUACCGAAAGCAAGCCAGUGAGAUGUUCGUACCAAUUGUUCUUGUGGGCAGUAAGAUAGACCUUGGAUUUAGACGUGUUAUAGACAAGGAUAAAGCCCAGAAGUUUGCAGAUGAAUUAAACAUUCCAUACUUUGAAACUUCUGCUAAAGAGGCAGUCGGCAUAGAAGCUCCGUUUCUAUAUCUAAUUAAAGAAUAUUAUAAGCUGUAUGCAGAUUCAGUUCAACGUUAUCAAAUUCUAAUAUAA